CUGAGCCUCUGUACUUUUUGGAUCAUAGGAUUCUUUGGCACUGGGUAAAUUAACUUCCAGUCAGGCUUUGGCCUUUGUGAUUUCCUGCCUACAUAACCCCUUGAAAGGCCAUGGCUGGAAAGAUCACCAAAUUCCUGCUGGUGCUGGCCAUCCUCCAGUACGCUCUGAGGGCAGACGCCCAGGCAGUGAAGACCACGGCAGAGGUUCUGACCCAGUAUGAGGGACAACGCAGCCAGACAACCUGGCUGGCCAAAGCUGGAAGGAUCACCAAAAUCCUGGUGCUGCUGGGCAUCCUCCAAUACGCGGUGAGGGUAGAUCUUCCAUCAGUGAAGGUCACGGAAGAGAUCCUGAGGCAGCAUGAGAAGGAGCGCGUUAUGGAGAUGACCCAGCUGCUGGUGAUGGAGCAGAAGAUGAAAAAGCAGCAUGGGCUCACCCCAGGAAGAAUGCUCCUCUUGGCUUGCCAGGAGUGGUGGUUCUGGGUUGGUGCUGAAAUCCUCCUCGUGCUCUUUGGGAUCUACUGGCUGCCCAGGCAGAGGGACUCUGACUGUGAUGACGGCAGCCAGUGGGAAACCUCCACCGGUGCUCAGGAGCAGAUAGAGGAGAACUGUGAGGAUAAUCCUGACUCUGAUGACCCACCAGAGAAGCCCCCAGAUAAGGUAAGGACCCCUGGUGCAUUUGCCAAGCCCUUCCCAGGAACAACUUUCUUGGAGCUGCAUCCAGCCGUGAGAGCUGGCAAUGCCGACAAAUACCUGAAUGCCUGCAAGGACAUGAUUGACCCCCUGCUGCUCCUGCCCCUGAGACCACUCAUUGUGCACUUUUUCCACUAGAGCUGAGCACUGUGGAGGAUCUGCUGGUGAGACACCCCUGUGGCCGUGGGGAGCAGCGACAGGAAAAUGUGCUGUGCUACCUCCCCUCCCAGCUGAGGAGGCAAACAAGAGCUCAGAUCCCUGCUUCCUGUGCAGCCCCUGCAAACAGUCCCAGUUGUGAUGGUCCCCCUGCCAGGAAGUAUGGAACCCUU